AGACACGAGCGACUAUCGACCACUGCGGUUGUUUACAAUAUACAGCGCGGAAGAUACAUGUUAUAGACGUUGUGAGGAAUUCAAAUACAGGAGGUGUCAGAUUGAUCAAGCAUCACAGAUUAAUAAGACCAUAAUCACCACUGAAACAUCAGACAGACACAACCCAGCUUGUCGACAAACUAGGACAAGAUGUGGCGUCGGCAAACGCAGCAGCUCUGUAGCAGAGUGUUGUUGUCUGCAGAAUGCCGAAGGUUUGUGUCCGACGUCUCGAAGGUAAUGGCCAUAAGGCGGGAGACCAUCAAUGUUUGGGAGCGGCGUGCCCCUCUAGCCCCUCGACAUGUCCGAAAACUGGUGAAGAAUGGCAUCAAGGUCAUCGUCCAACCGUCAAACAGAAGAGCCUACAACAUGAUCGAUUACGCCCAGUGUGGAGCUGUGAUACAGGAAGACAUCAGUGAGGCCUCUCUGGUAAUCGGAGUGAAGACUGUACCGAUCGACCAGCUCAUGCCUGACAAAACCUAUGCCUUCUUCUCCCACACCAUCAAGGCUCAGAAGGACAACAUGCCUCUCCUCGAUGCCAUCUUAGAAAAAAAUAUCCGGUUGAUAGACUACGAGAAGAUGGUGGAUGACAAAGGUCAGCGUGUGGUAGCCUUUGGAAAAUAUGCUGGUGUGUCGGGGAUGAUUAACAUACUUCACGGCCUGGGACUGAGGCUGCUGGCCCUGGGACACCACACUCCCUUCCUGCACAUCGGUCCGAGCCACAACUACACUAAUACAGAGAUGGCUCGUAGGGCGGUGAGGGAUGCUGGGUACGAGAUUGCUCUGGGACGACUACCCAAGUCCAUAGGCCCCCUCACCUUUAUCUUCACAGGCUCUGGUAAUGUGUCACAGGGAGCACAGGAAGUGUUCCAGGAGUUUCCGUUUGAGUACAUAGAACCAGAACACCUACCCAACGUAGCAAAGCAUGGCUCUACAAGCAAGCUGUAUGCCUGUGUUGUCAGUCGAGAUUCCCACUUUGUCCGUAAAGAUGGUGGCAAGUUCAAUGCGGAGGAGUUUGAGCUGGACCCUUCUAAAUUUCUGUCUGUGUUCAGCCACAAGAUAGCACCAUAUGCCUCUGUGAUAGUCCAUGGAAUAUACUGGGACCCUAGUGCCCCAAGGCUUCUGACCAUUCCUGACGCAAAGACAUUGCUCCGCCAUGACGAGUCGCCAUGGUUACCUUCCACACCAGGGUGUCCCCAGCUGCCUCAUCGCUUGCUGGCCAUCUGUGAUAUAUCUGCUGACCCCGGUGGCUCUAUAGAGUUCAUGCAGGAGUGUACCACUAUAGAUUCACCCUUUUGUCUGUACGACGCUGACCACAAUAUCAACACAGAAAGCUUUGCUGGGGAUGGAGUGCUGAUUUGUUCGAUAGACAACAUGCCAGCUCAGAUACCUAAGGAGGCUACAGACUUCUUCGGAAGCUUGCUUCUUCCCUACAUUGAGGACAUGAUUAUCUCUGACGCUGUAAAACCAAUGGACGACUAUCAGUCCUCGCCCAUCGUCAAAAACGCUGUGAUUGCAUCAAAUGGAAAACUGACAGAACCGUUUGAGUACAUUACUGAACUCAGAAAGAAGUCACAGUCGUCAAAGAAAGCUAAGAAACUUGUUCCAGGACAGAUGAGAGUGCUGGUCCUCGGGGCAGGCUAUGUAUCUGCGCCUGCAGUAGAAUAUCUGACCCGGGACAGCAAUGUCCAUGUAACUGUGGCGUCCCAGUACAAGCGUGACCUGGACGAGCUUGAGAGCAUGUGUAGUAAGGCUGACCUCAUCCUGAUGGACGUGAUGAGGAACACGGAGGAGCUGACAAAGAUGGUGGCCGACAGUGAUGUGGUGGUCAGCCUGUUACCUUAUGUACUCCAUCCUGAGAUCGCCAAACUUUGUAUUGAACUAAAGACCAACAUGGUGACAGCAAGCUAUGUAUCCCCGGCGAUGAGGGCACUUCACGAUUCAGCUGUGGAGGCUGGUAUCACGAUCAUGAAUGAGGUUGGCGUUGAUCCUGGUAUUGAUCACAUGCUGGCCAUGGAGUGUUUUGACGAGGUCAAGCACGCUGGAGGAAAGAUAAAUUCUUUCAUUUCCUGGUGUGGUGGGUUACCUGCCCCUGAAAACUCCAAUUCUCCGCUGCGCUACAAAUUUAGCCAUAGUGACAUAGAAAGCUGGUCUCCUGGUGGUGUGCUGCUUAAUUGCCUAAGUGGGGCCAAGUACCUAGAAAACAACAGAAUUGUUGAAAUCCCUGGUGGUGGCACGUUAUUGGACAAGACUCAAGAGUUGAACUUUAUGCCAGGUUUCAACAUAGAGGGAUUUCCUAACAGAGAUUCUACUGUGUAUGGAUCAGAGUAUGGUAUAGAGUCAGCCAAGACCAUCCUCAGGGGUACCAUUAGGUACAAGGGGUUCUGUGACAUUGUAAAGGGACUGAUGAAACUUGGACUGCUGAACUCUGAACCAGUGGUAGAACUCCAUCCCAAUGGGCCAGAGAAAACAUGGAAAGCUUAUAUGUGUGGUGUGUUUGGCAAGUCCCAUGAUCUGUUUGGCGAUACCCUGAAGGACUUGGUGUUUGAGCAGGUCGGGCGAUCAGAGCAGAGGCUACAGGCUAUAGAACAAUUGGGACUACUAGAGGAAGAGCUGAUAGAUAUGAAGGGAACACCUGUAGCCACCCUAUCUAACUUCCUGUCAAAGAAACUUAACUAUGGUCCAGGCGAGAGGGAUCUUAUCCUUAUGCACCACAACAUUGGGGUCCAGUGGGCCGAUGGAUCGGAGGAGGAGAGACAUGUGGGACUUGUUGUAUACGGGGAUGCCAAAGGACACUCCGCCAUGUCACGUACUGUAGGACUUCCCACAGGCAUCGCCACCAAGAUGAUCCUAGAAGGUGAGAUUCAGAAGAAGGGUGUUCAGAUUCCUCUCUCACACAACAUGUACAGCCCGAUCCUGUCCCGUCUCAAACAGGAAGGCAUCAAUCCAACAGAAGAGAUUCUUAUCAAGCGACGCUAGAGUCUGCAGCAGCAUAGCGGCAAAGAAAGUCGAGGACUGUGAUGUAAUAUGUUCUGUAAGGGAAUAUCAGAAAAUAAUAAAACGGAAGCUGAUCAUGGUUACCGACCUGAUUCUGUCCAGAUUCAUGCAAACAUUCUUGUUUGAUUGGCUACUAGAAUGUAGUCAGUGUUGAGCUGAUAAAUCGAAAACAUUUUUGUUGUAUGAGAUUUUAAAAGUUUGUUAUGAUAGUGUUGAUACAGAUAUAGAGCAGUUAUACCUACUGGGAUGUUGUUACAGUGGUGUAUUUAUGACUUGGUGGGGGGGG